AUGGCAGAAGCACAGAGUACAACUGGAGCUGGAGAUGAAACAGCUGAUCCUGGAACACAGAAUGACCAGAUUAGUAAACAAACGAAGGAAGGGGAUGUGGUCAAAAAGAAAUCAGAUAAGGUUGAUAUUCUACUUAAGGCGACAGGCAGUGCACCGAUCAUGAAGAAGAAGAAAUGGGCUGUUGACGCCAACAAGAAGGUCGCAUGGGUCAUUGACUUUAUCCAUAAAUACCUGAAAUGUGAUCCUUCACAGUCAUUAUUCUUGUAUGUGAAUCAAGCUUUUGCACCAGCACCAGACCAAGAAAUAAGAAAUCUCUUUGAGUGUUAUGGUAGCGAUGGCAGGCUUAUACUCCACUACUGCACCAGUGAGGCAUGGGGUUGAUACUCUCCACACACAACGCAGACUGAGAUAUUGCAAUGAUACAUAAAAUAACUAUUCAAUACUGCAUUUACUGUCAACUCGGAAGCUUUCACUUGCAUGAAAUGUUCGCAAAUUUUGCGAAUGAUUCAGACUUGUGAAAUCUCAUGCCACAUAACCAUUAAAUCCCACUGAUACAUCACUGUAUUGUUUUAUUGUGCGAUUAAUUUUUUUGCUUUGAAAAUGGCCAUUGUUAAAGAAUCUUGAAAAAUAGCAUGUUGCACAAGUUUCUGACUUUACAGUAAAUGGAUGAAUUUGUUAUCAUUUCAACUAUUUGAGAAUAUGUAUUGUUUGAAUUUGGGCCUACGUCUUGGUGGACAGGUGAGUGCCAUAUGUGGUAUUCUAGCAUCAAGAUAAAAUGGUAUGUAAUGUUGACAGCAACAUUGCUGGUAUUCACUAGACACAUGUUACGUCCAGAAAAGUAGACUUUUAACUUGUGCUGAUCUUUCUCUGUCUCUUUGUCUCUUCUCUGUUUUUAAGGUUUGUACAAGAGGAGAAGUUCUCCUGUUAUAUUGACAUUCGAUUGGACCAAAUAAUUUGUAUUUAAUGGAUCAUUUCUCAUUGGUAUUGCAAUGCCAUCACUAUGUUCUGACAUCCUUUUGUUGUAACAUGGGCAACAACAGGCUAAACUGUGUUACAAAGCGGUCCAUAUAAAAUGCCUCAUAUAUUGAGCUUUUAUACAGUGUUGAACUAAGGGAUAUCAGAACAUCAUCUUGAACAUUAAAGGUAAAUCCUGGUUAUGGAACACAACAUAGACCUU